GAAAUAGAAAGUAGAAAGAAGGCUUGUAAAAUCCACGAUUGUUGUUUGAAAUUAUUGGCAAUACACUGAAACAUAUGGAAUAUAUAGACAGAUACGAUACAUUCUACAAUCUGUACGCUAUGGAUAAAGGUUGAAAAGUAGUUCCAGUAUAUAUCACUGCAGAAUGGCGUCAACGAGCGAUGGCGUCACGAAGACGAAAGCUAUACGCUACUCACGGAUGAAACAGCCCCCAUUGAUCAAACUGCUUAGAGGCAUUUUAUCGGAUUAUCCGGAUGGCGGUCAAAUACUUAAGGAGCUAAUUCAGAAUGCCGAGGAUGCCGGUGCUACUGAGAUAAAAAUCUUAAGUGACAACAGAAAAUUAAAUGAUGAUGCAAGGGAGAAAACUCCUAGAUUUACAAAAUUUUUCAAGGGCCCUGCAUUAUGUGUGUAUAAUGACGCAGUUUUCACUGAAAAGGACUGGGAAAAUAUACAAAUGAUAUAUAGCAGCAUGAAACAGGAGGAUCCUAUGAAAGUUGGCAGAUUCGGUCUUGGGUUCAAGUCUGUCUUCCAUAUUACAGAUUUCCCAAGUGUGAUCAGUGGUAACACGUUACUUUUGAUCGACCCCCAGCAAUCUGAUCCUGAAAUGGUAAAUGCUUCACUUGACCUGUGUUCACUUAAUGACUACGCAGAAGAUGAUAUAGAACCGGAUGUUUUUUGGAAUGCUUUGGAGGAUACAUUUGGCCUAAGUCGGAACACUGUAGGAUCACAAGGUUUCCAAGGGACAGUCUUUUGGUUUCCUUUAAGGGAAGAAGUGUCCGACCUCUCAGAAACUUUGUAUAAUGGAGCCAAGGUCAGAGAUCUGUUUGACGCAUUAAAGUCGGAAGCCUCAAAUAUGUUGAUAUUUUUGAAGAAUAUUGAACAUAUUUCUUUACAUAUUCGCGAGGAAAACGAUGUUCCAGUGACAGAAGUACUAAAAGUUGAAAUUGAGGACACAGAUGGGAAGGUUGGAAACCGUGUUCUAAUCAAAGGAAAUAAGGAGCCGAAUUUUGACGAUGAAGAUAUUUAUACUUCAGAACAAAUUACAAUACACACAGUAACUGCUGACACUGAUACGAGAAUGGAAUGGCUUGUUGUAAACUACUUUGUCAGGAAAAGUGCGUCAGAAGAUUUCAGAAGACUGAUAAAGAACAAAGAUCUUAAUUAUAGUCCAUAUGUGGGGGUUGCGCGACCAUUAGACAUGAGCUUUGGGGACUUUGAAGGACAUGUGUUUUGUUUCCUUCCAUUACCGAGAGAAGGUGAAAGGCUGACAGGAUUACCAGUGCACGUGAACGGAUUCUUUGCACUUAGUCAGAAUAGACACCAUAUGAAAUGGCAAACUGAAGAACAGGAAGGUCAUCAGAUAGAUGACAAAUCUAUUUUAUGGAACAAAGCCCUUAUUGAAGAAGCUCUGCCUAAAGCAUAUGAAAAGUUGAUAUUAGAAGCUAUCAAAAAAGCGGAGGAGAAUAAGUCUGAAGAGACCGCAGUUUUAGCGGUGUAUAAAAUGAUGCCAUUACAUGACAGUUUGUCAAAUAAAACCCAUAAACGGUGGUCAGUACUUAGUACAAAACUUUAUGAAAGACUGGAAAUGAAGCGUAUUCUCUUUGUAUCACAAGCGAGGGAGUGGAUGCAGAUAAAAGACGUUUGUUUUGCAACGUUUAGCUCAUUGCCUGAAAGCGAUGCCCACAACAUGCAGGAUGCGAUGACUAGAUGUUUGCAUGCAACUGGACUAAAACAUUCAAAACUUCCGGGACUGUUAUUUGAAGCCAUGCAGAUAUACUACCCGUAUAUAAAAGACCUUACCCCAGAAUCACUAGCAUUACAUUUACAAGUCAGUGACGGAUAUAGAGCGUUAUCAUGUGAUGACAAGUUAAGGGUGUUGUCAUAUCUGCUAUCAGAUGUAGAAAAUUACAAAAAUGUACAAGAGUUAGAGCUGUUACCUUUGGCAUCAGGACAAUGGACAACCUUUGACAACAGUUCUGCGGUUGUAUACCUGUGUUCUGAUAAUGAAAUGAAAAUGUUUCCGGGCAAAGAGUCAAUCUUUGUAAUGCAGGCGGCACAGCUUGGUGAAAAAUUGACAGGAUGUCUUGAAAACAUUUGUAAAUCAGAUAUGUACCAGAUAAAGAAACUUAGCAGUGAAUGUGCAACAUCAUUGCUGGUGGAGACGGUUGAAAUUCAUUUUAGAGGCAAAUCAAGUGUUGUUUUGACAACGGAAACUAAUUUAACCUAUCAGUGGUUAAAGAAUGUUUGGCAAGUACUGAUGGAUAAAAGGAUGAUUCAUCAUUGUAAAGAUAUCCCUUUAGUUCCAGUUCUAGUGAACGGAACAUGGUCAGAGCCACACGAAAUUAGCCUGGCUAAGCUUACAGAUCCUCUUCUUUUACUGAAUGCUUCAGAUGAAUCUCUGUUAUCCUCAGAGUUGUCGACGUGUCUUCAAGCCUUAACUGUAAAGGUAAUAUCAAGUCUUCCAGAGUGGAUUCCAGCAGAUGUUAUCCAAGAGUUUACAUACCAGCUGAACUACUCAAGUGUUUCAUCUCUACUAGGUAAAAUUUACAGAGAGCAAGGAAAUCAGGCUGUUAAGGAAUUUAACACAAAAAGUCAAACAACAAGUCAAAUAGUGGAAACGUUGAGAGAAUUUUCUUCACAUUUGGUACAUGUAGAAAGCGACGUUGCCUCAUUACUCGUCAAAUUAAAGAUGUUCAAAGCUGUAAGCUACAUUGAAGACCAUGGUUCAUAUUCGUCAGUAUCUGAUGUACCUCGAUAUAUAACAGAGACAGUACAUUUCCCAGUUGACGUUCCGUUACCUAUUACUUGUAUUAAAGUAAAACCGCCUGAGGAAAUGAUUGCUAAACAACUUGGUGCAGAGUUUCUUUCGGCAGAAAAGCUUGUUUUGAUGACACUACAAGACAUGACGACGAAUCCAUAUGAUAUUAAUGUCAUGAAUAGAUUCAUGAUGUUUGUUUUAGACAAGUUUAAUUUGUUCGAAGAAAAUGAAGAUAUAUGCACAUGUGCCUCAAGACUGUCUUUUGUUAAAGCAGGAAAAUCUUGGUGUAAACCGUCCGAGUUAUUUGACCCAUUUGAACCAUUAUUACAAAAUUUGUUCAUCGCGGAAUCAUUUUUUCCAGAGGUUACAAACAUGUAUGGCAGGAAGGAAAUACACAGUAUGAAAGUUCUUGGACUGAAAGAAAUGAAAGAUAUUGACGCAAGUACAGUGCUUCAAGUGGCGAGAACUCUGGACAGUUUGGCCAUAAAAGGCAUGAAUGUUACCGAAUUAUCAAAGAAGUCCUUGGCUUUUCUAGAAAUCUUAUGUUCUCGGCCAAACCUCCUACAAGACUCCUACGAUGGUUCUGAAACUCUAGGUCAGACUUUGAAAUCGUUGAAAUGUAUGCCUGUCAAAGUAAAUGCUCCUUUAGAAUAUCCCAUCGGGUUGCCCUGGUUUUCCAAAGAUAUUGUCGUGUGUAAACCAUCGGAAGCGAAAAACGAAAGUCAUUGUCUUCUUGUAGGGGCGACAAUGCCAGUAGUUGAAUGUGCAACAGAAAGGAUUAUUCAAUCAUUCCAGUGGGACGAUUGCAUUGAAUUAAACAAUGUUGUUCAACAGUUAUUGCUGGUACAGAAACACUACAAUGUUAGAUACAAACCAGACUUUAUGCGUACCCUGAACAGAAUUUACCUGUAUUUUAGCCAGCAUGAAAACGAAUUGAAGGGAAUAAAGCAUAACUUAAGUAAGGAAAAAAUUAUAUGGACCGGAACUGGAUUUGUAAUUCCCGAAAAAGUGAUAGUCACAAUGCAAGAUGAGGAUCUGGAAUUAAAGCCACACUUGUACACCAUACCAGAAGAAUUCCAUGAGAUGCAUGCAACGUUUAUUGUGUUAGGGUGUAACAUGGAUCUUGACAACGCUGUUCUUAUAAAAACAUUAAAAGAUAUCAAACUUUCAAACGAGACCCCAUCUGAAAGUCAGGAGGUGUCAGCUAAAAGGGAUAUAGAUAUAGUUAUUAGGAUAUUGCAUAUCCUUGCCGAUAGGAAAACUGAAGGACGAGAUGACUUUGAUGAGGAAAACAUCCUUAUGCUUACUGAAAGUGGACCAGACACUAUUAUACUCCAGAAAGUAACCAGCUGUAUUUUUAUUGAAGAUCAAGAGCAGCUUGACGAAGAAGAAGAAGAUGCCUUUUUUAUUGUUAAUUCAAGGGUGCCGGUUGAAGUUGCAACGGCUCUUGGGGUGAAAUCUCUCAAAAGGAAAACUAUAAAUGCUGCGGCUGAAGACUUUAGUUUUGAAGAAUGGGGACAGUCUGAAUCACUAACGACAAGAAUCAAGACUCUACUCAUGGAAGGUUACAAAGAUGGCUUGUCAGUCCCAAAAGAGUUGAUACAAAAUGCCGAUGACGCUGGUGCCACUGAAAUUAGAUUUAUGUUUGACGAGAGGAAUAAUAAUGAUGCAAAAGAUGUGAAAAAAUUACUUAGUUCAGGCAUGUGUGAAUGUCAGGGACCAGCCCUAUGGGUGUAUAACAACUCUGUCUUCAAAGAAAACGACAUGGAGAAUAUCACCAAACUAAACGGUGCCACUAAGGCGGAAAAUAAAGAAAAGAUAGGAAAGUUUGGACUAGGAUUUUGUUCUGUGUACAAUGUUACAGACGUACCAAGCUUCUUAUCAGGCCAAGAUUUGGUCAUUUUUGAUCCGCAUGAAUCAUACAUAGACGAAGUGAGACAGAAAAGAGGCACUGGUUUGCGAAUCAGAUUGUCAAGACCAAAACUUAUACAUCGGCACAAACACCAGUUUAAGCCAUACAAUUCGGUAUUUGGCUGUAACGUAUUGAACAGCGAUUUUAAUGGGUAUGCGGGUACGUUAUUUAGACUUCCACUUAGAACAGAGGCACAAGCGAUGCGAAGUGACAUUUGUAGUAACGCUUAUAGCAGUGAAUGCGUAAUAUCUUUGCUCAAUAUGAUCGUUGAAAAUGCUGGAAAUCUUCUUCUCUUCACACAAAAUGUAAUGAAAUUGCAGAUAUUUCAUUUAUCGAAAGAUGUUAACGAUCCAUCGCAUGCCAGGCUUCUAUACAGCAUAGAAAAAGAAUGUGUAGUAUCAGGUAAUAGCGAGGCAACUAUUGACACCCAAUGCAUUCUUAAACGUGUACCUCGCAUACUUGAAUUGAACAGAUCGUUGGUCGAAACUCAUCAGGUGAAAUUUACAAUAGUUUUACAAAAUGAUAUGAAAGACAGAUCAACUUGGAGCAGAGAAUGUUUAAAACGAGUAAAUGAGAACUGGCUGAUAACAUGGGCAACUGGAACAGGGGACUCCCUUCAGUUAGCUAACCGGCUGUCAAAGGAAAAGGCUUUGCCUUUAGCCGCUGUUGCUUUACCUGUAAACAUUACCAACAUCCCAAAAGAAAUUCGCAAUGCACAUAUAGGAUUUUACAAAGAGGGUUAUCUCUUUUGUUUUUUACCACUUCCGAUUAAAACAGGCCUACCCGUUCAUAUAAACGGAUGUUUCAGUGUGAGAUCAGACAGGACAGAUCUUCUUAAGUUAACAGAAGAUGACAAAUGCGUAGAAGAUAUUUAUUUAUGGAACAAGGUACUAAUGGAAGAUGCACUAGUUUACGCCUAUUUGCAUCUGUUAGAGUUUUUAGUUAUAACCUGUCAGAGUGACUUUAACAUCUAUUCCGUUUGGCCACUAUGUGGUUCCGAAAUCGCUCUUCCUUGCAUUCCGCGAUUUUUUGAGAUGUUAUUUGUAAAGAAGCCAAAACUUUUCAGAGGUUCAGAUGGGUGGUUUUCAAUUGAUGAAAUUGUGAUCCUCGAUCCAGUUGUGCGUAGCAACAUUUCCGUCGGUGAUAUUGCUUUCGAUGUCCUCAUGGUCUUUCCAAUAAAAUUUGGGAAAAAUUUAGUUGACCUACCAGGUGGCAUUUUAGAAGCUUUAAAGAACAGUCAGUCUGAACAAUUUGACAAUGCAUCGCUGCUGACAGAAGCUGUUGUAACGGAAAAGGAACUAAUUGUUCAUUUUUUGAACAAUCUGUCAAACUCUUAUUGGAAAUCAAAUACAGGUAACAGGAAUAAACUAUUGUUGUAUACCUUACAUCACAUGAGUGCAGAAAUAGAAAAAGUGUUACAGGGAUUUGAAUGCAUACCGUCUGAACCUGAUGGAUGUCUUUGUAAACCAAGUGAUUUGGUGGACCCAAACUCAGAUAUAGCAGGAAUGUUUGCAGAAAAUGAUGGAAGAUUUCCACUCAAGUCGGAAGGGUUUAGCGACGAAAUAACUAUUGAAAUAUUGGUACGUCUUGGAAUGAAUCGACAUUUUCUUCCAGACAGCAUUCUUAUAGAAAGAUGUAAGACAUUGAAAACACUUGAGGUAUUCUGUAAAAUGUGCAGGCAAGAUAGAUUCAAAAGUAUAAUGAGGUACCUUGCAAAAAAUGAUGUAUUAAAUCGGCUAAAACACAAUGAUGAAACAGUUACACACCUCAAGCACACAGAAAUGUUACCCGUUAAGAUUCGACCUACCACCUGGAUUUUUAAGUGGAAAGCAGAUGAGUCUUCUUCUUCGCAGAUAUUAUCAGGCGUUUGUGAUAAACAUAGCCAAGAUGAAGGGCAUUCCCUUUUGCUGGACAAGCCAAUGCACCUGUUUAGACAAAAACAUCAACACAGCUUAGGCUCCGUCGCUUUGUUUGUGGAUGAAGAUUUCAUUAAGUCAGAAUGUGGUACAGUGAAUGAAAUGCUGUAUGAGAUACUGUCCGUGGAAAAAGAUAUUCCACCGUCUAUGUUAAUAGAUCAGUUACUUAUCUUGCCUCAAGAAUAUGAAAAUGCAAAGAAGCAAUUAUCUUGUGUGGAAAUGGUUUACAAAAGCGUUACCCAACAUUUGUUUCAGGCUCUCCAGGAGAAUGACCAAAAUGAGGAUUUCGUUAAUAUCUUUGAAAGUCUUUCUGACAAGAACAUAGUGCUUAUAGGACAAGAGCUAGUUAAGCCUUGUAACAUAGCUCUUAAAACUGCAGCUGAAUGUCCACCUUUCUUGUUUCAGCUCCCGGUAUCCGAGAAAAGAAGGGAACAACUUUACCGAAUGCUUGGAGUAAAAGAACGUUUCACGUCAGUAGAAGUUAUAGAGGUACUAAAACAGAUAAAGAUGUGUCAUGGUGAUGGAAUUUAUGAACGCACUGAUAUUAUCUGCGACUUACUUAAAAUUUUGAAACAGAGCAUGGAUACGGAAGGCAAGGAGUAUAAAGAUAUGCAAUAUAUAAAGGACGACAUAGUUGCCCCCGAUGAGCAUCGACUUUUACACCCUACCUAUAAACUUGUUGUCGAAGACAGCUCUUUGCAAUCUAAGGUUGGUAUACAUAUUCUACAUGAAUGUGUACCGCUUGGUUUGGCAAAGUAUCUAGGUGUAAAAUCAAAAAAGAAACGACUUGUAGAAGGAUUUUCAAAACUAAUACCGUUUGGACAAAAAGAAAUGCUGGCUACACGGCUGAAAGGUCUUUUACAAGAUUAUCCCUGUGAUUCAGGCAUCAUGAAAGAACUUCUGCAAAAUGCAGAUGAUGCCAAAGCUUCGGUGUUGCAUUUUAUUAAAGACUAUAGGCAACAUCCGACAGAACGUAUUUUCGGAAGCAAAGCCCUUCAAGGACCAGCUCUUUGCGUUUAUAACGAUAGCUAUUUCAACGAAAACGAUUUGAACGGCAUUCAUUAUAUUGGAGAAGGAAGCAAAAAGAAAGACCCGACGAAGACGGGUCAAUAUGGAGUCGGAUUUAAUGCUGUCUACCAUUUAACAGAUGUCCCGUCAUUUUUAACGAAAGGUCCUGGUCUUGGAAGAAAAGGAACACUUUGUAUUUUUGACCCUCUGAGGAAAUAUCUUACUGAUCAUGUGACGGAAGAAGAGCCAGGUGUCAGAUGUGACGUUAAAGAAAUGAUAGGUGACUUUCCUGAUGUUUUGAGUGGAUACCUGCAGGAGUUUGAUGAAUUUGCAUCUGCCAAAUCAACAAUGUUUAGACUGCCGUUACGAAUGGAACAGACCGAUCUUUGUUCGGAAGUUAUAUCAAAAGGGGAAAUGGACCGAUUGUUAGAGGACAUGAAAAAGGAUAUGUUUGAAAUGCUAUUAUUUGUAAAGAAUGUUCGCUGUGUGAAAAUAUCUAAUGUUAUUGAAGAUAAGUUGAUAGAAGAGUAUUGUGUCUCCACAUACCUUUCACCGCAAGAUAUACUUAAACGUAAUAAAUUCUUUAGUGAUAUCAAGAGUGUAGUGAAAACGGAGGACAAUGACGAUACACAAAUGUGUCAGCAUACAGACCCAUUUAAUGUUGCAUACAAUGUGACUGUGCAGGACAGCAAUGGAAUGCAAGCAGACUGGCAUGUCGUUCAAAGAUUUGGUUAUAUAGAGUCCUUGAAUUCAACGAGGGUUUUUACGGAAUUAAAAGAAGAAGGAGACACGCUUCGUCUUCCGCUCGGUGGUGUUGCUAUUCCGCUUAUGUCACACGAGUACGUAAAGAAAUAUAUAUCACAGAAGACAAAAGAAACACAUAGAAGAAAUAUUAGUAAUGUAUUUGUUAAAGAAAAGGUACAGAAACAAGAAUCGUGUGACCAGAAUACUGAUUCGGAAAAUUUACUCGACAUAGGAGUAAAUGUGUUAGAUACAUUUACUGGGAAAUUAUUCUGCUUUCUUCCCUUACCCGGCGUAACAACCCUGCCUGCAUGUAUAAAUGGCCAUUUUGCCCUUGAUAGGGCUAGGCGAGCACUAUGGCCUGGAGGCCUGAGGCAGGAUUGGAAUCAGUUAUUACUUAAAGACGUGGUGGCCAUAUGUUGGGCCGUGGCACUUCGUUAUGUGCAGUCAUACACUGUUGAAAACAAUUUCAAGGAGACAUUGACAAAAGAGGCCAUAGGUUACUUAUUAGAGCUGUAUCAUACUUACCUCCCAAAAGGGAAAACAAAUUAUCAAAGUUUUGCUUCAUAUCUCGUUAAAUGUUUCUACGAAAUUGUUGUAGCAACAAAAAUAGCGCUGUUUCCUACUCUUAUGCCACACCAGGAUCAGAACAAAGUACAGAGCUAUUUGGAAACUGAUACAGAUAACGGAAUAGUAAGUAAUGCCCAGUUCGUGUUGCGAUGGGUGGCUCUAUCGUCAAAUGAGAAUAUCACUGAUGGUGUUUUCAAUAAUGUUUUCAAAGAGAUAAAUAAAUCUUCAUUAGGAUACAAAUUUCUAGACAUUGGUUAUUCAAAAGCUUCACACAUACUUGAACGGACAUUGAAAAUUCUUGGUGUAAACUUAAUAGAAACACCUUCAUUCAUUUCAAAAGUGUUGGACAGUUACGGUUUAAAUACUGUCUCUUCUACGCCAUUGUUCGUGAGCAAGUUCUGUUUAGCAUUCGGGAAUGGGAAGAGUCGGGUCAAAACAAAACAUCUUGACCAGCAUAUUGAAAAGACGUUGUUAAUGAAACCGUAUUACGUAAGACUGUUACACCGGUAUAUUUUACUAGGUGGGUCUAAUUCUGAGCUCUUGCUGGGCCUUCCUCUUUGUCUCACAAACGAUGGGAUAUUGAGAAAAUACUGCAUUGAGAGUCCUGUAUUUAUUACAGAAUAUGCAGAUCUAUUACCUAAGUCAUCACAUCUUUUCCUCCACACAGACGUUCUUUAUGACAUGCAGUUGCAGCUAAAUGACCUUUUUCAAAAGGGCCUUGCAAAGCAUUUUUGUGUACAGGAUUUAAUACGUCUACUGCCAGAUUCGUACCCGUUGGAUGUUUUAACUGGGGAUAGAGAUGUUGAAUGGGACAAAACUUUGGCAACCCCGGUAUCAACACAUUUUAUUUCUAGACUGUACGAGUUUCUAGUAUACCAGUCACGUGAAAAGACUGAGUUAGGAAGUUAUUUUACAAAUUUUCAAAAACUACAAACAAACAUUUUAAUGCUAGCAGACUGGACAUUUCUACCGUCUGUUCAAACAAUCAGUAUGCAGGAAAGACACAAAUUGAUACGUUUAUGUCAAGGUUAUUGCCUGUUUAAUUGCAGUGGUAGUUAUAUAGAACUUACAGAUGUCAUACGGCGAUUAAAUUUACCUGCAUUGGAUAAAUCCGUGUUCGAUGUAAAAGUACGGACAUAUGUUGUCAGUGCUCUGAACAAUUUUCUUGCGUCUACAGGAUCUCCUUUUGCAUUUCUAAAAUGUCUUCACCAUUACAAAAGUAGAAUGGGAGGAAAUGCGCUUUCUUUCGACGACGGAGUAAAACUGAUGUCAUUCUUUGAUUCCCAUAUGAAGGACUUGCAGGCAUCGGAAACUAUUUCAUUGAAAGAUAUUUUAAUGACUUUGCCUCUAUUUCCAACGCAUCAAAAUAAUUUGAUAAGCAUAGAAGGAAAGGAAACUGUAUUUGUCUUACCUGACAGUAUUCCUGCAGAGGGAUUAGACAUUUGGGCAGCGAAUACCGGCAUUGUCUUGUUACAAGAAACAGACUUAUUGAAGAGACUUUAUAAGUUCCUUGGCCUUUCUAAAAUGGACGUUAGUGGUGUUUAUUUGAAGCAUCUAUUACCAAGAUUUUCCUGUCUUCCUGACAGAGCAAUCACUACUCAUAUCACUUAUAUCAGAGAUUAUGUGUUGCCUACCUUAAGCCGCGACGAAGGAACUCGAAACACGAUGGUAUGCUUGUUAGCAAAUAUUCCUUUUAUAACAAUUAAGAACCAAAUGAAAAGGGUAAAUGAGCUGUACAAAGCAGAUCAUCCGGUUUUCAAAAUUAUGUUGGACGAGAGUUGCUUUCUGCCACGGGAAUACAGUGCUGAUGAAUGGAUCAAUUUUAUCGAGCUUCUUGGAUUUCACACUGAAGUAUCGGAUGAAGAAAUAGUACGAUUUGCAAUCGAAAUAGCACAGGCUGGACCAAAAACAGUCACACAAUCUACAGUGAAGAAAUCGAAAGAGAUAUUCAAGUACCUUCUUAAAGAAAGCUGGGAGAAAUCUACCUUAGAAAAAUUAAAAAAUAUUAAGUUUGUUGUUCCAAAACAAACGACCGUCGAGCAGAAAGUUUUGCAGGUUGAUAAUGGACAAGGGUUAAUAAGUACAGACAAUGCUGUUAAAAGUAACUGUAGCGAUCUGUGUUGGACUAGUAUGAAAGUGCUGCCAACCCUACCAUUUCCACGAAAAAUGGUGGGUAUAACUGAAUCACUUGGUAUAAUUGAUAAACCUCCAAUAAAUGCCGUUAUAUCACACUGCCAGAAUAUUUGUGAUAAAGUAAGCACAGAGUUAACGAAAGACAGAGAGUCAAAUCCGAUCGAUAUAGACUUUGCUAGAAGGGUUUUUGAAAAAAUAUAUGAAUAUAUGUGUGAACACAUUGAUGAAAUUGGGAGGGACGCAGAAAGACGGCUAAAGACGACACCAGUAAUACUUUUACCUGAUGAGCAAUUGAUGGUAUGUGCCAAAAAAGUAGUCGUCGAACUUGCAGAAGAGGAUGAAAUAAAGCCGUACCUCUUCAGAAGCCCGGGUGACUUUGGAAAGUACCGGCAUUUAUUUUGCAGACUUGGGUCUUCUCAAAGAACAGAUUGUUCCGUCUAUUUAUCUGUGUUACAGUCAAUAAAAGAAGAAUUUAAUGGAAGGCUUCCCCCAAAAAAGCUCGAGGAUGUCGCUAAGGCAUUGAAAGGUGUAAUUAAAACUUUGAAAAGGGGGAACGAUUCGUCCCUUUCAGAGAUCGAUGUACUUUAUAUUCCAAACAGACAGCACUGCCUCGUAAAAUCUACUGCACUUACAGUCUCAGAUAACGGAAGCUUAGAAAAACGAUUGAGUACUGACUGUGGCCUUGAGUUCUUCCUUGGCUUCCCUGAACUGCAAGUAGAAAUAUCUGAUCCUGUUUGGCCAUUCAAACAGUUACCUCCACAUCUAAAACCUAAAAUUCUUAGCACCAUAAUUAAGGAGGUUGUGUGCGCCGACAAAAUGGUUGAAGCAGAGAGCAUUGCAGCAACUAGGAUCGAAAGGUUCCUACAUAAUCCCGAUUUGAUACAAGGAAUAAUAAGACUAGUAAAGCAUCAACUAGUACAGAAGAAAACAGAUUUAGAUGAAAAUCAGGAAAGUUUGAUUAAGUCUAAUCUAUCAAAUGUUGCAAUUCGUAAAGUAACUGGUUUGAAGACAUGUCUCAGCUAUGAAUCUCGAAGGUUAGAGGGUUCCGAAAAACAAAAAUCAUGUUUUAUUGAAGAAACAUCUGAAACUCUAGGAGAAAAACAGAAAAGCUUUAAACUGUUUUUCCAGACAAGCGUGUGUGACACUAUGGAUAUUGUGCAGGAAAUAAUGGAAGAAGAUGAUGGUCUUAUUGAUCUUGUUGAAAAAUGCACGAUGGGCAUAUUGGAAAAAACAACUUACAAAUAUUUCCCAAUCAUUCUACGCUGUGUUUACCAGUCUAGUCGGAUAAAGCAGAUAUUAGAUGAUAAAAAAAUAACUGCGUACAAUAUAUCAUAUCCUGUAAAUACAUCCGCUUUUCCAACACCCGGAACAUGUGUUCCUGAACAUUUCUUUCCAUUUCUAGAAAGAAGUAUGACAUCAUUCAAAGAUCAUGAAUUUCGAUUUCUUGCUCUUGACAUAGGAGAAUUCAAUGAAACUGAAGAGACAUACAAAGAGUCAUAUAUUUAUGUACACAUAGUUAGGGAACUAGAGCGGGAAAGAACUUCGGAAACAGUUUUAGGAUUUCGAUACGAGGUUGAUGUUGGUACGAGAAGUGAAGAGUAUGUUGUCGCUUAUAUGCAUAGACUAUAUAAGUUUAUGCCACAAAACACACCUGUUGGUGACGAGCUUGUUGUUUACGAUUCAGAACCUGUAGGAACAGUUCCGUUUGACGAAAAUUGUAAUCGCAUAAAGCAGAUGCUUAAAGAAGCAUGGAAAAUGAAUGAAAGGGAAAAACGAAGAAUCAUUCAUCGACUGCAGUUAAAAUGGCAUCAGGAUAAAAAUAUUGGUAACGAAGAAUAUGCAAUGCGCGUUUACAAUUAUAUGAACUUUCUCAUCCGGCAGUUUGAGUUAGGGGUAAUUGCAAAUGACACAGUAGAUGAAAGAACUGGAAGAGAAGCACCCGAUAUGACCGGUUCAGCGUAUGAAAGCAUGAGAGUUAACAUUCAAAAUACUGGACAUGCAUACGUAAGAAGAUGGCGCGAAGAUUUUCAUAACUAUAUAAGCGGUGAUGGAAAUUUUCUACAUCGCAUUUCCGAAUCAGUGGUGCAUCCUGAUGUAAACGAAGCUAAAGUAUGGUUGAGGCAAGCCGUAAAUGAUUACAAAAUGGCUGUAGAAUCUUUAGGUGCUGCUGCAAAGGUCCGUGGAUAUAACUGGAUUUGCUACCAAUGUCAUCAGUCCUGCGAAAAAGCACUGAAGGCAGCAAUGUAUGCUAAAGAUGCAAAUCGAGCAGCACGGAGGGGUCAUUCACUGUCUGGGAUUGCCCGAGAACUACACGAUCUAAAUUUAACCACAGAGACUGAACGUUUGGAGAGAGAAUUGGGAAACUACUUUAGAAUGCGUUAUCCGGAUUCAGUAAUAGGAAAGGAGAUUCCUUCUGAUGUCUUUGAAGAAGACCAAGCACAAGAGGCUCUGAAGAAAACCAAGCGAAUUCUUGACAUUAUUGAAGAAAUGAUCGAAUAGGACGUACUAUUACAAUUGCAAUGUUAAAGGAGUAUUGGAGGUAUUUUCAGAGGAACAUUGUGUGCCCUGACAAUAACCUAACAUAUCUUUUGACACACAUUUGUACAUAAUAAAAAUAUAAUAAUGAAAGUGUCAGUUUUAUAAGCGUGUACUUAGCAAGACAGGCAGUAAUUUCUUGUGCACAUUUAGCUCAUUGUAACUAUUCCAUCCUUCUUUGUAUAUAACAGAUUUAGUAAUUUUAUUUCAAUUAGAAAUACAUGUGUGUACCAGAAACUGAUUAUCCCUAACUUAUAGUUUUAUGUUAGUACAGGGCCUGUACAUCAUAUUUAAUUGAACUGUUUUGUGUCUUUUGAGUCGGGAUUGUUGAGACCAAGACGUGUUUUUGUCGAGUUUGGCUGCCACAGGGCUGCUUUUAUACAUUUCAUUAUUAUGAAAUAGCAAACUUUUUACCAAUUUCCUUAUAACCUAAUGAACGUAUUGAAUGGAUGUGAAAAUUAGCUUUGUUAUAUUUUGUAUGUUUGAUGUAAUUCAUUCUAUUGUGUACUAGUAUCAAUUUUUCUAUGAUGACAAAGUUUUGUAUAUGAAAUGCACUGACAGCUUCUGUAUAACUUUUCGUAUGUUAAUGAUUUGAUACUUUCAUAUGGAUGCGUGUGUACCUGCCUCGAAAUGAUGUGAUGCUUGCCAAGUGUAAGCUUUUUUUAUUAUUUUUUAUUUUUCUUGCGUUUGUCUGUGACCAUAUACAAUGUUCAAAUGUAUAACUGCAAUAUUAUAGUUUCAUUCGUAGCGUAAAGGUAAUUUCAGUUUGUUACAUACUUUGUUAAUUAUCAUAUAGUUUUAAACAAUAAUAUAAGGUAUUUAAUUCUUGUAAUAUUCUUGUUUUAAAGACAUAUCUUCAUUUGUUUAUGAUUAAACUUAUUUUGCCAGUUUGUUAUUAUAGGUAUGUACGAUUUAUAUACUUGUCAUAGUUUAUUUAGUGUUCUACACAUACCAUAUACUAAACAUAUGCAAUAGUUAAUCUUAAGGGUGAUAAUAUUUUGUUGGUUUCGGCAUACGGUUUGAAUAUUUUCUACAAUAUAGUUGGAAUAAUACAUUUGCACACGAAUUCAGUAAAGUAUGAAACUGAUCUUGUUAAGAUGUUUUUGAGGUGAAGGACAAAUUGCCAUAGGUGAUUGUCUUUGUCCAAACCAGUAGGAAAAUGUACUUCUUGUUUCUCCAACUUACUGUCUCCGGACAUGAAGCCUUAGCUCAGUUUUGAGCUCACCAGACAGUUGUGGUUUAAGAGUAUAUAUAUGUAAUUAAAUGUGAAUGUUAUUGUAAAAAUUCCCGUCCGUUAUGAGCUGAAUUUAUAUUAGUUAUUUUGAAUAGCUAUUCAAUAACAAAAAAUGGUGUUAAUAUAACAGAUGUGUUGAAAUGUAUACAAUAUGGUUUUUUUAUAUAUACCAUAGUUAUGAAAUAUGUCGUGUGUAUAUAGCUCAGAUGCGUUUUAUUACAUUGUGUCAUUCUUUGUGUGGUUAGUUCUUCCCGUUUUUUGCUUAUGUUUUUUUUUUCAUUAGAAACGGAAUUACAGAUUUAUAUCAUUAUACAGGUCUGAUUAAGCACAGAUUUGUUGUGCUAUUUUUACUUAAGUGAAAGGGAAUUGUUUUUUAUGUAUUUUUUUUAUUUAACCUUAUUUUUUGCCUUUAUACAUGCAAAUAGAUACACAAAAUUGCAACUAAACAAAAGCAAAUGGGUUUGGAAACAAGUUGUUGUAACAUUACAUUAAACCUUCCCCAGUAGUGAAAAUUAUAGGAAAAUUAUAAGAAUGGCGACGCAGAAGUAUUUACAUCAAUAAACGGAUUAUACUUUGUGUGAUAUUUUUCAUUAUAUUAUAUAUUGGCUGGUACAUAUUUGUGAAUGUAAAUUGUAAAUAAGUGAAUUAUUUUUUCUUCUGUUAAGUGUAAGAUACUAUAUACAGUGAAACAUUUGGUAUGUAAAUAUAUUGUAAUUUUAUAAACGUGUAACUGUUUAACGGAUGAAGUUACAUAAACAUUACUUUUACAUAGAAGUUAAGCUAAAAGAAGUGUUUGAGGUUACAAUUCGUCAUGCAUAAACGUGUACGGUUAAUCAAAAUAUAAUGUACACAAAUUCGAUUAGCUAUACCAAACUGGAACUGUGUUUAGCGUCCUCUCGACUGUCUGAUCGCAAAAAAGGUAAUUCUGAAAAUAAUACAAACACUAGUAUAAUCACAAUGUCCAUUUCUGUUCAUUACGAAGUUACAGCAUUAGUUUCAAGCUAUUACCUUAAUAAAUACUAUUAUGGCACAAUUGCCUAAAAUACAGCUUCUGCUAAACCUCGUGUAUACUUUUAAAGAUACCAGGUAGUCACGACAGUUUUAGUCAUUUUUAUCAACAUUUCUUGCCUAGAAGACUCUAAUAGGCUUACAAAAUGAUGGAGACGACGAUAAAAAUAGAUCCAGUUUGGAAUGGUCUACUAAAGUUGUUAUUUAUCUAUUUACGUACACGUGCACCCAGGAAUGCAAAUGAAACGUUUGUUCAUAUGUUAUUUUUGUUCAUCAAGACUUGGAUGCUUCAUGUGAAAUAUAAAACUUAAUGUUAUCUCUAAGUCAGUGCAACACUAUAUUAUAUUCUAAUAUAUGAAACUCCAUGCACAUUUUCGCUUAAACUCGGCAUUACUGACACGUCAUGUCGACAUAUCAUCUGGCGCCAUACAGGUGCCAAAAGAGAGUGCUACUACAUUUUAUCCACUAUUCUAUAUUAGAUAUUAUUUCAGAAUCGAAAUUACAUAAUAACAGAACGAUGUUACACUUAAUUCAUACCCACUAGGUCGAUUAUUAGGCGCGCAGAAUAUUUCACUAGACGUUUACGCACUCCUAAGGUUUUCCACCGGGCGUGUUAUACGGCAUCAUGCAUGCGCCACUUUUUUAUUAAAAGACAUGUAAGAAUUUAAUAUAUUUCAGCACUUCAAAUCAAAUAUACUCCAUGUGUGUAAUUCAUCUGGGCUUACCCCCUUGUGAAAAGUAGAACAUUUUCAUGUUGUUUCGAUAUAUUAAAACCUGGUUCUGCUAUAUAACAUAUAAAUAUUUGUUUAGUUGAUAACUGUUAUGUUGCCAUGCUCACUAAAUUUAUUACGUCAUAGGGAUAUACUCGAGCAAGUUGAGGCGCACCCUGUGUUUAUACUGUAUGUUUAUCAUGAUAUGUUAUGUUAGCUAUAUCAUGUCUUGCUUUAAUAGCGAACUCUCUAAGCAUAUCUUUGAUAGAGAUAUGUUAUGUUAAACUAUAUUGAUAAGAACUGAGUCAUUAAAUUAAUAAGUAUGGAUAUACUCAAGUAUUCUAAAUGAGGCGAGCCCUAUAUAAAUACAUUGUGUACUAGACGGUUUCAUAUCAUGUUUAUGAAAUCUGUGUUUAUUUUAGGGAUACACUCUCUUAGUUGAGGCGAGCCCUACACAUGUACCCUUUAUUUGAUACAUGUAAUAUCAUAUUGUGUUAUAACUGUUAUUGCGUUCGUUGAUUAUACUAUUAUAUAAAAAGCGGUUGAUUGUAUAAUGUGGGAUAUACUCUUCUAAGAGGCGAGCCCUCACUAUUAUGCAAAUAAAGAAAAAAUAAUA